AUGGCCGUGGCCAGUGGCACAGUCGGCCUCUACUACCAGGCGGCCAUCAAGCACUUUGGCGACUUCUUUCCCAAACACUUUGAGCACGCCGUCUGCGCCUGGGAUGACGCCGGCGUCGCCCGAAAGAAGCCUGCCCCAGACACGUACUUUGUUGCGGCGGAGCGUUUCGCCCGCAAGCCCGAAAAUAUGGCCGCCGUCCUGGUGCUCGAGGACUCGAUCACCGGCCUGGAGGGCGCUAUCGAAAGCGGCGCCCAAAUUGUGCUGAUCACCAAGUCGAAGGCGAUCCACCUGCCGGAGAAUGCAGAGAAAGUGGCCCGGACGAGCUUGAUCCUUGACUCGCUGGAGGCCUUUCGCCCGGAAGCUUUUGGUCUGCCGCCGUACGAUGAUUAG